GGAGGAUGAAGCUGCUGCUUUGCGAGAGAUGCAGGCCAAGGUCGAGAAGGAAAUGGGAUCUGUUCAAGAUCCUGCAACUGCUUCUGCGAGUCAGGCCAAUAGAGAGGAAAUAGAUUCUCGAUCAGUCUUUGUAGGCAAUGUCACGUUUUCUGCUUCCACCUACAAGUUUUCUGGUUUUGUAUUGCAGCAGUUGAAAGUAUAUGUUAUAAUAUAUUUGGAGGGUAAAACUGUUAGCAAUGUAUGCUAUUAAAAAAAUGGAGUUGAAAAACAAAAUAUACAACACAAAAGAAACAUUGAGUUAUAAAGGUGAUGACAAGAGCGUUAAACAAGUAUUUGUUGAGGGAAGUGAUUUUUGUGGUUUUGUGAAUUUCCAUAUUUUUCUAUUGGAACGAAAAAAGGCAAGAAAAAUAGAAUAGGAAGUCAUCAAAGGUGAAAAGGAAAAAUCUUUAACUAGGACUUUUUUGUAUCAGUAUACAUUCCAAGUGUUAGCAAUGGGAUAUUGACAGGAAACCAAUUAAGUGUGGAUUGGAGAUAAAGAAUCCGGAUUCCUACUGUUGAGAAGAGGACAUAUUUUAUGGGUACAAUGCUAUGCGUGCAUAUCCGUCACUUGGUCAAACUUUCUGUGGUGCUACUUCAUGUAAUACUUAUUCUCUCCUAUGGUGAGGGACUGUUAUCAUUCCCUUUCUCUACUUUGGGAUUAGACUAUUGUCUUUUUUAUUCUCUGAUACACUUUACACCAGAGAAAACUAAAGAAAAAUUGGAAAAAUAAAGUGAUCAAGAAGGAAGGUGGUGCACUUCAGUGAGUGGGGUUCUCAAAAUCCUAGGUCCUCUCAUUGGGAGGUAGAAAGGCACAAUUAUAUUGUUUAAAUAUAUGUAAAACAAAUGAGGAAUAAUAGCAAUAAUAAUAAAAUUUCGCUCACAAUAGCAUAUAAGUAUCUUGUAAUUAAAAAUUCAUAAAAGAUUUUAGUUAUUACAAGAUUUUUCAAAAACAGAUACUUCUUGAUGAUAUUUUUAAUGAGAAAAAUCUGAAAUUAAGUGGAAGAAGCAGGAAAUGCAAAGGCAUCACCUGUGGACCAGCAAAGCAUGAAACUUUGCAUAUGACUAACAAAUUACCCACAAAUCAGCUAAUAAUGGAAACCAAGGAUAGUUGCAGGUACAGAAGUUAGCCCAGAUAUGAUUCACUCAGAAACAGAGACUUCCAAACCACCAAGGCGGCACAUCCCAGCAGCCAUCUAGUUGCUCAAGAUUGCAGGCAGAGCUUCAAAUUACACUGUGGCAGCAGCAGCAGCAAUGGUUUGAAGAACCCACUGAAUAAUAUUUUCUGGAUUUACACAAAAUUCCACUCUCUAGUUUUUUUCCCCAUUUGUCUGCUGGUACUUUAUUCUGUGCCCUACCUUGCAUUUUUGGGAUAAAUCUUGCUACCGCAUGGACAGGCAAAAUAUUUCUGCAUCCAUGAAACUUUUCAGCUUGCUAAAACAGCCAUGUUUCAGAUAUAACACAUGGCGGCUAAGAGAUGAUUUUGGUUUUGUUUCUUCCUCAAUCUUAAAUGGGCAGGUGGACUAUUCAUGCACUCCUGAAGAAGUGCAACAGCAUUUUCAGUCUUGUGGAACAGUAAACAGAGUCACCAUUCGAACUGAUAAGUUUGGCCAACCCAAGGGUUAUGCUUAUGUUGAGUUCCUUGAGGUGGAAGCUGUUCAGGAGGCCCUUUCGUUGAAUGAAUCUGAACUUCAUGGGCGCCAAUUAAAGGUGACAGUUAAAAGGACCAAUAUACCAGGGAUGAAACAGUAUCGUUCCCGCCAGGCGAAUCCUUACGCUGGGGGCUUUCGAGGCAGAACCCCAUAUGCACCUCCCUUUAUCUAUUCUCCAUAUGGAUAUGGAAAGGUCCCAAGGUUCAGAAUGGCAAUGCGCAACAGCCCCUACUAUUAACUGUCCAAUUCGGGUAGGAUGGACUAAACUAAAUGACUCCCUUCUACUCCUACGUAGUGUCAUGGUCGGAGUUUUGGCCAUUGAACAUGGGGGAGGGAAAAUCCAACCAGUUCUGUGAGGAUUAAGCGUUUACUUAUCAGCCAACCUUGUAAAAGUGUGGUGUUUGCAUUGCUUUGCUUUAGUAUUGUUAUAUUAUAUUGGAUUAAGUUCGUGUAAAAGUUUCCUUCGCAAGUGUGAUUAAUACAUGGGUUUUGGGUUUUA